GUGUGUGUGUGUGUGUGUGAGAGAGUGUGUGUGAGUGUGUGAGACUCUACCGGUGUGUGAGCUUUAGUCUUACAGGUGUUUCUGUACAGUGUGUGUGUGUAGUGUGUGUUUGUAGUGUGUGUGUAGUGAAGAUGCCCGUGCAGUUCGCGCUGUGUCCCGGCCGCAUGAUCGGAGCGGAUCAUCCGUGUUUUAUCAUCGCGGAGAUCGGACAGAAUCACCAGGGGGACAUCGAGAUCGCCAAGAAGAUGAUCAGGAUGGCCAAAGAGUGCGGUGCGGAUUGUGCGAAGUUCCAGAAGAGUGAGCUGGAGUACAAGUUCAAUAAACACGCACUGGAGAGACCGUACACCUCCAAACACUCCUGGGGGAAAACGUACGGAGAGCACAAGCGGCACCUGGAGUUCACACACGAGCAGUACAGGGAGCUGCAGCGCUACGCUCAGGACGUCGGGAUCUACUUCACCGCCUCGGGCAUGGACGAGAUGGCUGUGGAAUUUCUUCAUGAACUCGACGUGCCUUUCUUCAAAGUCGGCUCCGGAGACACCAACAACUUCCCGUACCUGGAGAAAACAGCUCAGAAAGGUCGUCCGAUGGUGGUCUCCAGCGGGAUGCAGUCUAUGGAGACGAUGAGGCGUGUGUAUCAGACAGUGAAGAAACACAAUGAGAAUUUCUGUAUUCUCCAGUGUACCAGCGCCUAUCCUCUCGAACCCGAGCACGUCAACCUGCGUGUCAUCACGGAAUACCAGAAAGAGUUCCCGGACAUCCCGAUUGGUUACUCGGGUCAUGAGACGGGCAUCAGCGUGACUGUGGCGGCCGUGGCCCUGGGGGCGAAGGUGGUGGAGCGUCAUGUGACCCUGGAUAAGACCUGGAAAGGAAGUGACCACUCUGCCUCGCUCGACCCCUCUGAACUCGCCGAGUUGGUACGAUCCAUCCGAAUCGUGGAGCGGGCGCUAGGCAGUGGUGCAAAACAUAUGCUGCCCUGUGAGGUGCCUUGCCAUGACAAACUGGGUAAGUCUUUAGUGGCGAAGGUGGCGAUCCCUAAAGGAACCGAGCUGACCCUCGACAUGCUGGCGGUGAAGGUGGCCGAGCCAAAGGGCAUCGCACCGGAGGACAUUUUCGAGCUGGUGGGAAAGAAAACGCUGAAGGACAUCGGCGAGGACGAGAGCGUCACCGAGGAUGCGGUGGAGAACCACGGCAAACGAGCUAAAGUGUAAAGCACCUCGAACUGUCCUGUGUGACGCUGAUGGCCUUCAGCCAUAUGAGGAUCGCCGCAGUGCUGCCAGCAGGGGGAGCUGCAGAAUACCGCUUGAUAGUGUCACUGAAUAAAGAAUAAAAUCCAAAGCA